CAGGGUUGUAAAUGCAAUGCAAGGAAUGCAAGUGUCAAAUUGUCAAAUCAAAUCUAAUAUUUAUUUGAUGAAUUUGUUUAAAAACGUGAAAAUAAAAAUAAAAGUGUGUGAAUAUAAGUCAAUUUUAUGACCAUAAUAUUAACUUGACGUCAUUUUAUUUGUGAUAAUGAUGAUGUCUGAAAGAAGAACGAAAAUGAAACCACCACGGAGAUCUGGGGAAAUCACUGACUCUAGUACCAGCAGCUCGGAAAGUACUUCGUCGUUUUCUUCAGAUGACGAGGAGACAGAUGUACGAGAUUUAAAGCCUAUUAAAGAUUAUUUAAAUGAUCGCAGACAACUUGCUGCCCAAUUGUUUAAAUCUGUUAAACUGGAAAAGAUACGAAGAAUGUUGCCUCAGGCUCUUAAGAAAAUGAAUCUUUACGAUCUCGAAGAGUUGUGUGGAAACGAAUUAAGUGGAAUGUCGAGAAGAAGAAUUCUGAGUAUUAUAAGCGGCCAACGUAUGACGGAUUCUUCAGACACUGACGAAACGGACGACUCAGGACCAUCACUCGAAAUAAUAUCAGACACCGAAGAAUGGUUGACGGACGAUGACGUGGUUAUCAAGGAAGAAGAUUCAGUGACUGUGAAACCAAAGUCAAAGAAAAGUGCGGAAAAAACAAAGGGAAAAGCACUUAACAUUUCAAAGCACAAAGCGAAAGCAAAACUAAAUCCAAUGGAGCCAAUAACUCCGGGAAAGGAUAGCAAAUCUGCCGACGUGAAUGUGAAACUAGAAGGCCAAAAGCCCGAGCCAAAAGAGGGCGAAACUCUUCUCGAUUUGCUCGAGCUGGAAAUGCGAGCUCGAGCAAUAAGAGCCCUGAUUCGCAAGGAAGAGGACAUCAUUCCAGAAAAACCUGCCGCUGGCACAAGUUCCGAAAAUAACGGUCCCACCAAUCCAUCAGCUGUAAAUCCAUCAGUGAGCAAAUACGUGGUUCAAGAGAUGGAACAAAUCAGUGUCGCUCUGCGACAAGGAAGUGGCUUGGAUGAUGACGUUAUGUUGGUAAUUCAACCCGCUCCAACUAUAGAACUUAUAUCCAGUGACAGUGAAAGUGAAAAUAAAGAGAAGGAGGAAAAUGAAAGCAAAGAGAAGGAAAACGAGGAAGACAGUGAGCGUGUUAAUCAGAGACUAGAAAAGGAACGAGAGGACAAGAACGAUGAUAAUGAAGAGGUUAUCGAAAAUAAAGAGAGUGAGGAUAAUCAAGAGCAGAGCAAACGUGUUAAUAAGAGAUUAGAAAACGAACGUGGAACGGAAACUACUCACAGUACGAGUACAAUUGGAGACGAAGUGGGGGAAAUUCCAGACGAGGAAUUGAAAAAAGAGGAGGAGUCGCCAGCUGCUAGUGAGAAGAAUGAAGAGCCAGUUGUUGAGGAGAGAGCUAGACAAUCUCCAGAUGUGGAUAAAGAAGCUGAUAAACUCGAAAAGUCGCAGAAGGAAAAUCCGAUUAUUACGAGUCCUGGAACUAAUAAAAGAGCUGAUGAAGCGGGAGAUAAAACAGAAGAAAAAGUUCCAGAUGAAGCCGAAAAUGUAGCUGAAGAAGAACAAUCUCCAGAGAAGCCUAAAUUUCCAGAGAAGCCAAAAUCGCCAGAGAAGGAGUUGGAAGAAGGCGAGUUGACAUCAGACAGUGAAGAGGAAGCGCCAGUGAUUAAUGUUAAUGUUGAAAAGCUCAAGUUUAAGAAAAGAGUGAAGAGGAGAAGACAUAUAAGAUCAAAGGUUCAUGAGAGUUCCGGAGAGAGUGAAGACUCUGAUCAAAGUGAAACCUCUGUAUCCGAAUCUGAAGUGAGUGAGAAAGAUGCUACAAAGGUAAAGUCUAGAUCACGCAAGAAGAUUAGAAACCGAACAAGGGAUUCGAAGGUGUCUUCUAGAGAAAAAGUAAAUGAAACUACAAAGGAUGCGCUAGAUUCUGUGGAAGUAAAAGUGGAAGAGACACGAAAUUUGGUAGAAAAAGAUAAGGAAUUGAGAAAUGAGGAGGCAGAAAAGGAUACCGAAGAAAUUAUAGAUCUUGAUGAUUAUCCGGACGAUAUGGAUGACUUGGAGAAUAAUGAUAAAGGUAAAUCCGCUGAUUCGGAAAAAACGGAUGAGAAAACGGUUUCUGAAACGACUGUUGAGCAAUCUGUACCUUCUGAAACCUGGGCUUCGAGAUAUUAUAAUACAGACGAUGUCCAGAAUGUUAUCAAGGAGUCGAAAAUCCAUUCGGAAAUUAGGAAGAGAUUGAGAGAGAGGCAGAGAAUGUACAAAUUGAACUUUCCUAAUUCAACCGCUGGAAGUGGUUCUUCAAAUGAUAUUAAAGUCGAGGAGGAAAAACAAAAGCCGUUGGGUUCCGUGGAAGAAUAUUUGGCAUUGAAAGCCGCUUCGGCUGCUGCUGAAGCUGCUCUUAACGAAAAGACUGAAGUUCUUUCGGAGAGAAGUAGAAAGUCUACUUGGAGAAAAGACCCAUCGCGUAAAAAUAAGACGCAUAGUUCAAAAAGGAGAUCUAAGCCUGAGAAAAAAUCUGGAAAGGAUGGAUCUACGAGGAAAAGAAGGGAAAGGGAUGCGACUACUGAAAAUAGUGAUGCAAAACCAGAUUAAAGUCUUUUAAAAAUAUUAUUAUUGGAUGGACAUUUUUAAUAGGGAUAAUAGAAAAUUCUGCUCAAA